GGCACCUGUGCAUGUACACCACCUGACGUUGUCUGCAAUGGGAAAUGUGGCCCAUUCCCUGAUGGAUGUCCUGCAGCAACCCCGACACAAGACAAAAUAUUCAGGUCUUUCAGACGCACACUAUGCGGUGCGUACGCACCUCGUGGGAGGCGCUUGAUGGAAUGCAUUGAUACGCAGAGAAACUUGGAAAGCUGUGGCGGAUGUUUACACCCUCUUCACGCCACGUUUGACCAAAGCUCUAUGAAGAGGCAAGGUUCCAUUGGGGUGGAUUGCACCGCGCUGGAGGGUGUCGAGGAUGUGAGAUGCUCUGCCGGUCGUUGCGUCGUUUUAACUUGCGAAUCUGGCUGGACGGUUGCACCUUCAGGCGACCACUGU